AUGCAUUUGAAAGUCCUGAGUCGGCACUCCCAGACGACCAUAGUGCCAGAUGUACCGUGCAAUCGGCAUUGGAUUUUGGUCGAACUUCGUAUACUUAUACACAUAGAAGGCACCCAAGGCAGAAACUUGGAACUACUUACAUAUUUUGUUUUUGAAGAAAGAAUCACCUGUAAAAGAAUAAUGGACAGUGCAAACGUGUUGUGUCAGAUGGCUCAGUAUGACUUCAAUUGUCCAAUCGACGUUACAAUGAUAUUUGAGGACAGUGAUGAUGACUCUCAAACGAGGACAUCUGAGGACCCACAGAAAGAGGAAAAUGAGAAGGACAAUACAAAUGUAUCAAGCCCACAUACAAAUUUAUCAGGACGAAGUAAUGAAUCAGAAUGCUGUAAAGAAAAUGAAAAUACUGAAUGUAAAUCAGAAUGCAGGACUUUAGAACAAUUAAUUAUUAAUAAAAUAACAGAUUUCGUUCAGAAAGAGAAACCAGUGGAGGGUAAAUUAAAUGGAGAAAAUGCCGAUAAACAGAGUAAUGAUAACAAUUUAGGAACAAACGGAAUAAACCAAAACAAAGAUAGUCCUAUCGAUAGAUUAAAUAUUCCCGAUGAGAAUGGGCAUACUUUUAAUGUAGGCAGUAAUGCAAAUAUCGAGCAGAGUGGUAACAAAGAACCUGUACUUAGCAAAAGUCAAACGAAAAAUAAAAAACCAGAUAUUACGUUUUUAGAAGAUUUACUAAACAAGGUUUCUGAACACUUGGUACUUAUAAUGCGUACUUUUUGCCACUACGGCGCAAAAAGAGCAAAUCAGGGUAGUGACAGUGAGAAUCGACAAAGAAUAUUCCAUUUCGUAAGAAAUCACUUUUUCGAAUUGUCAUUUCGUACAGUGGAAACUAUCAUUUUGCCGCAGGAACAUAAUACUACUUUUAUGAAUCAGUUUUUAGAAAAAACUGUUGAAAUUGCCAACCAAAAAUCUCAACCCUGGGUGUGUCACCGCGGACAUGUGCGACCAUUUCUCAUGGAUUUAAUUCGAUGGACAAAACAGAGGAUAGAGUAUAAUACAAAAAAUGAACAGCGACCAAAGAGGAAUGAAAAUGCAAUUUUGAAGCAACAUUUGGCCACAUCUCCCCAGAUAUUUAACCUUCCACAAACACAAAGUAUAAACCCACAGAACUGUAACGCAUCUCCAACGAUACAAAAUAACCUGUGUAUAUUUUCAUCGGGAGUCCCUGGGGGUGAAAUAAGCAUAAAUGUAAAUUCAAAUCUAUUAAGAAAUGUCACGGAACCACAUUACACAAGCAAAGAAUAUGAAAAUAACAACUAUAAUAGUUAUUCGCCAAACGGAGUAGUGACUCAAGGAAGCACUUCUGCACCACCAUUACACGAAAAUCAGUACAGUUAUAUGCAAAAUAAUAAUACUACAUACAAUCGUCCUCCACCUCCUUACACACAGAAAAAUUUAAAAAACUUUACUCAAAUGCUACGACAGAGUAAUAAGAAAAACAAAAAUAUGCGUCAGCAUCAUCAUCAGCAGCAGCAUUACAAGGAACAAAUAUCUCCAACAGAAAACAGACCAAACCAACAAGCAACUAGUUAUCAAAACUAUCAGAGCAUGGCACAACCAAUGCAAAACUACCAAAAUCAAGUGCACUACAUCAACAGCAGCCAAUCCCCGACUGACAAUUCUUUAAACUCCAGAUUACACUAUAACAUAAACGCUUCAACGCAGGAAAAUCCAAUGAAUUCCGGUCCAGUAAUAUCUAAUGUUAUAUCCUAUGGUCAAAAGUCGGGAACUCCAAGCGACCGCUGCACCAUGUGUGGCAAGAUUACAUCAGCCCCAUACAUCCCUCCCAAUAGACCGGUAUACUGCAGUUACCUUUGUCAGGAAUUGGACAAACAAUUUUACACCGCCCAAAAGCAGCCUGCGUGGGCCUGUAAUUCUUAAAACCCAGAAGAUUGUACAUACCUAUAUUUUUUUAUUUGAAUUCAAUAUAAUAAGUUUUAUAUCAACUGA